CAUAUAAUUCUGAGUUUCAGGUGGGAUAUAGCAAUGAGAAUAUUUAAAUGAUUUUUGAAACCCUUCAAGAAGGGAGUUGGUGUCUUGGAGUGUUCCCUGUUUUCCUCUUAUCUGAGCCUGUGAGGAAGAUGUUUCUGGGCAAGUUUUUCGAGGUUGUUGAAUUACGGGAACAUGAAUUCCCAUCUCUCAAUGAAAAUGAACUAUUUAUGGCACAGUAUGCCCUCCUUGCUGUGCUGGGGUUCCUCUCUGUGUCAUAUGUGUGGAAAACAUAUUUGCACCUCCGGCAGAGGAGAUCACUGAGGAGAGCUGAUGCUGUUCCAGUAGAACUGCAAGGAGUCAUCAAUCAGGAAAAAUUUGAUGAAUCCCGAGAUUUUGAGAUUUCCAUGUGCAACUUCCAUCUUCUCAAGGAGUUCUUCCACCAUCUUCUAGUCAUUCUAAUCUUGGUGUUUGGAGGACUCCCAUUCGUCUGGAAGUUGUCACAUAGCAUCUUCAGCUGUCUUUCAACCAAAGCUGGGUGGAAGUUGAAGACUGGGAAACUUGGGGAGGAGAUUAUUCUGAGUGUCUUAUGCAUGUUUCUCCUCAGCUGGUUCAAUGCCCUCCUUUCCUUCCCGUUUGCAAUCUAUGAGGCUUUUGUCAUCAGGGCAAGACAUGGAGUAAAGAAACAGACUUGGUGGCAGUUCAUCAAGGAACACAAAAAGUCAUUCUGGGUAGCCCAGCUCUUCAUCCUUCCCAUCACAGCUGGAUCAGUUUGGUUUCUGGGAUCUCAAGGAGAAUCUGCAUUUCAUAAUCUGUGGGUGGUGUCUGCAAUCACAACACUCUUCCUUACCACCAUUUUCCCAACUUGCAUGGCAUUAUACUGCAGCAAGACAAUUCCACUUGGGGAAGGUUCCCUUCGAACUGCCAUUGAAGACUUUGCUUCUUCUGUUGGAUUCCCACUUAAAAGCAUCUCUGUCCUUCACAGUUCUUGCAAACAAGACAAAAAUAAGGUUUUCACAUAUGGAGUAUGGAGACGAAAGCACUUGGUACUAUCAGAAGCCCUGGUUGAGGUCACUGUGACCAAGAGAACAGUGGAAGAAUCCUUUCCCACAGCCAACAAUACUGUCAAUCAAGUUUCCAAAGCAGAAGGAGAUGAUAAGGAUGAGAAUGAGAGACCAAAGGAGAAUGAUGAGAAGGAAGAGAAAGAGAAGAAGAAAGAACUGAAAGUGCAAGAGAUCCUGGAGGCCAAGACUGUCAGAACUCCAUUUACAGAAAGUGAAGUAGUGGCUCUGGUGAGCCUGUUCAUGGUAUCUGUGCUGAUUGGGUACCUAUAUAGCCAGCCAGUCAUCUGCCAUGCAUUUGGAUUCCCCUUUGAUCAUCCCAUCCUUAUGAGGCUCUUGGUCAUCCUGGUCUUUGUCCUUGUUCCCUAUCGAGAGAUAAUGGGCUUCCUUUGCACCUGGUCCAGACGACGAUUUGAGUUUCAGGCUGAUGCCUUUUGCAAGGCCCAGACCAAGGCUGAAUCCCUGAAAGCAGCUUUGCUGAAGCUGAAUUGUGAUGACCUCAGCUUCACCGUUGAUGACUGGCUUUUCUCUGCAUGGCACCACUGCCAGCCCAGACUUCUUCAGCGUCUUCAGGCUCUCCAGAAGACUGAGUGAAAGCCUGUCUUCCUCGUACAUGGUAUCAGGGAAAGCCAGCUGUCAUGGCCACUUCAGCCAAAAUAAUUUUUUUUUCUCUCUGAAACUAAGGAGAUCUGAGAUCCCUGGACAAUAUUGAUGCCUCUCAGAAGAUCAACUAAGUACAAGGGCCAGAGUACAAAUGUACAGCUUUACUAUGCAACCUAAUGUAUAGGCAGCCAUGAUGUGGUGCGUUUGGUCUCAUGUAUGUGCCAGUAAGCUUUCUUUUAUAGCUUUAUAUCGAAAGUGAGAGCAACUUCUUCCAAAGAUGAUCAAAUCUUGUAUGUACUGACAUUGUGUUCCAAACUAUGAUGUACAGAAGUGUAAUGUAAGUUUCUUUUUCUGCUGGUUAUACUGAUUCUUGUGAUGUAUUAUGGUAUUCAAAAAAAGGCUUGAAACAUGCAUGCAUGGACUGGCCUAGCAUUAUGUUCACUUUCAUCUAUCUGAUUUUGUCUGCAUUUCUUUGCAGUUUUUUGUCGUAUUUUUUGUGUUAUUUCUGUUUUGUUUUUUUUUUUGUUUUUUUCCAGGUGCAGACUACUUAUUUUGUUGUGUAUUUUUUAAGGAUGAAUUGUCUUUUUAUCCACUGGUUACUAGUCGCUGCAGAUCUGCUUAUUUACCUCCCGGUUUUGCUCAGCUGCAUUUUGCCAGAGUGAUGUGUCUCUUUGAAUACAAUUCACUUCACUAGUGUUUCAGGCCAGGUUCUUUCCCAAUAAUAUAUAAGUCUUGGCAUUUUAUGGAUAUGGCCUAUCUUUGUACUACCAU